UACUAAAUAUCAAAAACACUAAGUAAUAAAUAUAGAGAAGUGAUUUAGGUAUUUUCUGAAUAUUUUAUAAUAAUUUCAUGGCUUUUUAUUAAGACGUGGUAGAGAUAUAUGUGCUAAUGAUGCUGUAACAAAAGCGGCGGUCUAAUCUGUCCCCCGCGUGCCAGUUCGCUUGGCCCAUUUUCGCAGUGACGGGUCGGAGACGGUGGUCUUACUGCUGCAACAAACGCCGAGCUGCGUUUGUGUCCUUGUUUCUAUUCCUGUUCCUGUUCCUGAAUUUGUGCCUGCUUCCAAGGCUGGAGAUCUUGCGUAGAAUCUCGCUCAUGAGAAAGAAGCAUCAAGAUGAUCUCGAGAUGCUCCCCUCCCACACACACACACAUCCUCUCACACUCUCUUCCUGAUGGCACCCAUAUUCAUCCCACAGCCAGUGCAAGUAAGUGUAUGCACCUUAUGAGACGGGAGGAGUGGGCCCGACCGUCGCUGGACCGUCAGACUGCAGCUUCAAGCUCUCUAUUUUGGCCAUUUCCCCAGACUUUUUACCCCAGACUUUUGACUUCGGAGACCGUACUAAAGCCGAUCCGUCAGGAAGUCCCCUCGAGUGGCUCGACCUUGGCCGCGCCAUGCCCGUUUCGGACAAUCAGCCAACCAGACCAGUCGGGCCAUCUUGCUUCACACGGUCAGGUACCAUCAACUCCCAUUGCAAGAGUAAAGGUCAUGGAUGAGAAGGAGCAAGUGGAGAAUACGGAAGGACAGUCAAGUCGGAGCAAGAGCAGAUUGCAUGUACCUUCCUCCUCAUUGAAGGAGUACCUGCCUUGUGUGGGCUCAUGAGAGGUACGAAGUAUGGGAGGAAGGCCUUCAGGGUUGCAGAGUGAGCAGAGAGAAGGAGCUCCUGUGGGUUGUGGUUCUCUCUUUCCCUGAGGUCUACCUACCCCCUGGUCCCUGCGCUGCACUUGCUCCCAGCCCGGACCACCCGUCACCUGCCGCCCGUUCCUCGCCGUUCUCCCUCGCAGGCCUGCGCGCAUCUCAUGAGCUUCCAUGUCACGCGAUCGUCUGGCAACGCCAUUGAUGGGCAGUUACCCCGCCCGGUCUGACGAAACCGUAAUGCAUCGACAAUGGCUGCCACUCCAAAGCCGAUGCAGG